UCUCUCUCUCUCUCUCUCCUCACUUGUCAGGUUUGUCUUCCUAUUUCUUCCGAACGCCACCGUGAAACUUUCCCGCCAAGUUGAUCACCUCCAUGAAUCGCGAUCAAGGUCGAGGAUGGAGCCCACGAGGCGGACGAGGCCCUGCGAAUCGCGGCCAAGGCCCUGCGAACCCCCGAGACUCUCCACAUUCUCAGCCACAUCGCUUUGCUCCUCCUGGAGGUGGAAUUUACGGACCUUCUGCUAAUGACUUUUCGGGUAAUAAGGAGGGUGUGUCGACAGGUGAAAUGGGAAGUCCCCGGGACGAGUUUCUGUGUAGCUCUUCAAAGUAUACCAAGCAUAAACCUACCAGUAGUUCAGAACCGUCUGAAAGAAAAGAUGCUGUUUCUUGUGCUGAUAGACUGAAGGAGGGACAUAAUUCAACUGAGCCUGUGGAAAUUAAUCCAAAAGAAGUGAAGUGCCCGGUUGCCUCCAAUUCAGGCUGUAAAGGGGACAUUUCUCAAUUGUCUACUCUUGAUCUUUCCCAAAAUUUGCAUAAGGGAGUAGAGAGAAUGCAGAUUGGAGAGAACUCUUGGAAGAUGAUAGGGAAUAGUGACAACUCUAUGCCAUCUAAAUCUGAACCCAAAGAUGAGCCUUUCGUAAUCAAGAGUCAAUUUGGCCAUCAGAAACCAGAGCUUUCUGAAAACAAAGCUGUUGACCCUCCUUUUGAUUUGUGCCCAACCAAAGCUGGUGGUGCUGUUAAGCUAAAGACUUCUCUGCUUGUAAGGAAUAGAGAAAGGAGGAAUGAAAUCAAGUGCUCCAUGGAACAACCAAGUGAAAUUUUACAGUCUGGAUUGGUUCUUCUUAAAAGUUACAUUUCUCCAAGUGACCAGAUCAUGAUAGUGAAGCUAUGCCGAGACUUGGGUUUGGGUCCUGGAGGUUUCUAUCAACCUGGUUACCGUGAUGGAGCAAAGCUUAAUUUGAAGAUGAUGUGCCUUGGUAAGAAUUGGGAUCCUGAGACUAGCAAAUAUGGAGAUCACCGCCCUCAUGAUGGUGAUAAACCUCCAUGUAUUCCUGGUGUUUUCUUUCAGUUAGUUGAAAAUGCACUCAAGGAAUCCCAUUCCCUUAUUAAAAAGACCACUAAAGCUUGCAAGUCUGAAGACAUACUUCCUCCGAUGACCCCAGACAUUUGCCUUGUGAACUUCUACUCAUCAACUGGGCGACUAGGUCUCCAUCAGGAUCGUGAUGAAAGUGAUCAAAGUCUCAAGAGAGGUUUGCCUGUUGUCUCUUUUUCCAUUGGAGAUGCUGCUGAAUUCUUGUAUGGUGAUCAAAGGGGUGUUGAACUGGCUAAGAAGGUAACACUGAAAUCAGGAGAUGUUCUUAUAUUUGGUGGACAAUCAAGACAUAUCUUUCACGGUGUAGAAUCUAUACAGCAAAAUACUGCUCCUACGGCCUUACUGGAUGCAACAAAUCUCCGGCCUGGCCGCCUGAAUCUUACUUUCAGAGAGUAUUGACUUUCCCCAACCUUUCAGCUUGUAUAUGUUGCAGUCUUUUCUCGUUUAGAGUUGCUCUAAUCCACAUGUAUGAUUGUAACGACAGUUUGUGACUUUGUGUUAAUAUCUGGUAAAGAGCUUUAUGUUGCAGCAAGCAUUGUCAUUUGAAGUAGGUCAUUAGUUCAUUCAUACAGGUUCGUACUCAGCCCCAUCUUUCUUGUUGACAUAAAAAGAUGCCCACCAUUCAAAAUUUCUCAUUUCUUAACUAUUGGAAUGAGGAUUGUUUAUAAUCCCAUCUACCUAAUGGAUGAUGGGAAAUUGUGAACGAAUGUAAAAU